AUGUCUCGCGAACGCACUGCACAGUACCACAACUUGAGGAGACCAGCACAAGACGAGGACUUUGACCGACUCAAACGCUAUGAGGACUUCACCACUAUCGACUGGAUACAAGACUCGAUCAUCGAGCGCAAUAGGCGGCUGAGGACUGCGCGGAGACAGUCCAUACCCCACAGAGGUCCGAGGGGAGAGGUCACGCUCGCCUGGCUCUGGUCGCGACUGCAAGGCAUUGCACAUGCGGGCGAGAGCUGGUUCGUCGUCACGCUUGUUGGCAUUGCGAUUGGGUUCAAUGCUGCCAUCAUCUCUAUUGUGACGGAAUGGCUCUCGGACAUCAAGAUGGGCUACUGCGCGGACGGCUGGUGGCUGAACCAGCAGUUCUGCUGCUGGGAGAUCGAGGGCGGCGACGAGGACACCUGCGAGGCUUGGCACCAGUGGAGCAAUGUUAUGCCCGCGCGGUGGGCAAUAUACGUCCUCUUUGCUGCACUCUUCUCCUUUGUGGCAGCACACCUCGUGAAGCAGCUCGCGAAGUACGCUGCUGGAUCUGGCAUAUCCGAGAUCAAGUGCAUCAUUGGCGGGUUCAUCAUGAAAGGCUUUCUUGGAUUCUGGACGUUCUUUAUCAAGAGUGUAACUCUGCCCCUCGUCAUUGCCUCCGGGCUUUCCGUAGGAAAAGAGGGCCCUUCGGUGCACGUCGCGUGCUGCGUAGGAAACCUGAUAGCAAGCCUAUUCAAGGGAUUUUCGCGGAGCCAAGUCAAGAUGAGGGAGAUAUUGACAGCAUCCAGUGCUGCGGGCGUAGCUGUUGCCUUCGGUUCACCAAUUGGGGGAGUCCUGUUCUCUAUUGAGGAAAUGAGUAGUGUCUUCAGUAUUAAGACCAUGUGGAGAAGCUUCUUCUGCGCCCUUGUCGCGACGGUCACUCUGUCGGCCAUGAACCCGUACCGCAGUGGCAAGCUGGUACUGUUCCAGGUCACAUACGACAGAGACUGGCACUUCUUCGAGAUAAUAUUCUUCAUAAUCUUGGGCAUAUUCGGGGGUCUCUACGGCGCCUUUAUGGUGAAGUUUAACCUCAAGGUGGCGGAGUUCCGUCGCCGGUACCUGGGGAAACACGGCAUCGCAGAGGCCGUGACGUUGGCCGUAAUCACAGCCAUGAUCGGGUGGUUCAACCACUUCAUGCGUAUCGACAUGACGGAGAGCAUGGAAAUCCUCUUCCGCGAAUGCGACGGCGCGAGCGACUACGACCACCUCUGCCAGACAACGUAUCAAUGGCCGAUGGUCAACUCCCUCUUCCUCGCUACCGUUGCGCGGAUGGGCCUGGUUACUAUCUCAUACGGAUGCAAAGUGCCUGCGGGUAUCUUCGUGCCGUCCAUGGCCAUUGGCGCCACGUUCGGGCGGAUGGUGGGUAUCAUGGUCAAGGCGAUCAAUCGUGCGUACCCGACCUCGGGAAUCUUCUCUGUAUGUCAACCCGAUGUGCCAUGUAUCACUCCCGGAACGUACGCGCUCUUGGGCGCCGCUGCCGCGCUGAGCGGCGUGAUGCGACUGACUGUCACCGUUGUGGUGAUCAUGUUCGAACUAACCGGGGCCCUAACGUACAUCCUGCCUACUAUGAUCGUCCUACUGGUCACGAAGGCCGUCGGAGAUUUCCUUGGUACGAACGGCAUCGCGGACGAGAUGAUCCGUUUCAAUGGCUUCCCUUUCCUCGAGAAAGACGACCACGCAUAUAACGUACCAGUCUCUAGAGUGAUGAGAUUUGACCUCAAGACGCUUCCAGCAUCCGGUCUCACUGUCCAGGACAUAGAGAGCAUCCUUGCCAGCACGGAAGUGAAGGGAUUUCCGAUAGUGUCUGUGGACGCCAGCCGGACAUUGUUAGGAUUCAUCGAUCGAUCAGAGUUGCGAUACGUACUAGACAAGGCAAAGGACUAUCAAGACGUACAAGCAGGCACACCAGUGUCCUUCGCACCCGACGCCGAAGACGAAGAAGAAGCCGAGUUCUCCGGGAUGGCCUCGGGUCCCGCCGUCGGCAUAGACGACGAGCUCUCGUUGGAGAUCAUGGAGACCACAGCCACUCCCGACGUCCUCAAGCUCUGGCCCUGGGUGAACCAGACACCGCUCACCGUAUCUCCGCAACUGCCGCUCGAGGUCGUCAUGCAACUAUUCAAACGCAUGGGCCCCCGCGUCAUCCUGGUCGAGAACCACGGCGCGCUCGCGGGCCUGGUGACCGUCAAGGACGUGCUGCGGUUCACUAUGACCGAGCACGACGACCGGCACUCCCCGUGGAACGAGCAGCGGUUCGAUGGCGUGGUGGACGAGGCGGUAUCGUGGGGGAGCGACGCGGUCGACCGCGCGUGGGCGUGGUGUCGGGGGCGAUUAGGACGGCAUUAACUUAUUCGUGCACGCGUACCGUAUUUCUCCGGAUCUUGGAUGGUCUUCUAAUGCUAC